AUGGAGGUUUCCAAGCAGAUCUCCAUGGGCCCCGAAGCAUGUGUGCUGACCCUUGAUGCAGUAUCCAGCGCGAUGGUCGUCGAUGAUAGAGGUCAGACACGUCGAACAAGUUGGCGCUACAAAACUCCGAGAGCGAAAUGCGCAGCUAAGCACGCGCGGCAGGCCAACAGACAGUGGAGAGAAACAAGGGGAAGCAAACAACAAGAAAUGUUGCAGCGCAGCCAGCAGCGCCUGCCCGAGUUUGUGCUGCUGCACGUUGCGUUGUCUGCGGCCGGCGUAAAAAGGCGGCAAUACCAGGACCAGGGAUGGGUCUGGUUGGUCACUGCCCACCUGGCCAAGGACAGCCACAUUGGCCAGUCAAAACAUCUGAAAUCCGCGCUUGUCAGGAGUGUGGGGCCUGGCAAUCGGUUUCGAGUCAUCCGGCAAAAUGUAGAGAGAGAAGAGGGAAAGAGCAGUCCAGGUUUGAAGGGUCUCUCUCUCCGAAUAUGCACCUCUCGUUUCGAUCUCGAACUCCAACCACGGCCAUCCCACCACAUCGCCAUCACUGCCAGCUGCAACAAACAUUAUUUGCAUUCAAGUAUCGCACUCUACAAUUGGCUUCCCAUCCUCGCUCCAUCUUAUCAGACCUCCUCUAUCCAAACGCAUUCUGUCCGGUCAUUUCACCGGGUUUUCCACCACGGACUUCCCGCCAUGCUUCCGCCAGUCUUCCGCGACUUCUCCGCUAGCCUCCCGCCAGUCAAACAAGCAUAUCUGAACCAUUAUUAUUCAUCUCCAUCUCGCAUCAGGCCCGCACAUCUAAAAGUCCUUUUGCGACAAAGGAUCGAGGACCCGUAUUAUUCGUACGGAUAUCCCGCCCACCCACUGUCUUACAGCCUGGCAGGGACCUCAUAUGCUAAAUUGCUCUUACCCUCCGACCGCAACUCAGCUGAGGUUUUCGGCACAGCAGCAAUUCGAAUCCUGGAGACACCAAAAAGUCGUCAAUUCAAUCAGCAUUCCACCGCCGGCUUCGUCCGCCGCAACGGAGAUUUCAAUCUCACGGCCCUGUUUCCCCUCCGACCUGUUUCCUCCAACGGGCCUCCUAUCACUCUCCUACGGACGUCUCCCACUCGUCUUAUCCUCCGGCUGAUCAAGCAACCGGUGCAACCCUGGACAUUUCCGUUUCGCCAAGCCCGUCUUCAGAAUGAGUCACUUCUAGACUGCAAAUCAUGGCAACUGAACCAAAAAGCAAAAACUCGAGGGCCUAGCAGACACACUAAUGACAGGUCGAAUUAUCUUCUACAACGGAUACAGGCCAUUGAGGUGUCAGCAAGAAUUGUUGCGAGUAAUUCAAGCCCAGCAAGUCACUGUUCCACGACAAAUGCACCCUCGCGCCUCACCCUUCACACACCUGGUGGGCGUUCCCCCGUCCUACCUGACGGUGGCACGGUGCAGCUGCCGUUCGAGUCUCGGCGGCAAUCGGCCGAAGCCUCGGACAAGCAGCACUACGGAUACAGAACAUAUCGCUACCCUGGCGACCUGGCCUGGCACCUGGCCCCCGACUUUCCAAGGCUGAUGAGAAAUGCACAGCUCAACCCCAGACACCUCACGUCAGCCUGGUCGAGGACCUUCGCCCUGAUCGGCUCGGCCUCAAGUGCCGCGACACGAAACAUGAACGCGAAAGCCAACUCAACCACCCAAUACUCGGUGCAGCAUGCAGCACGUACGCCUGGCUCUAAGCUUAUGCAGCGCUGCUUCAUCCUCACUUCAUCCUCUUCGUCUUCUUUGCUACUCUCCCCCACACCCCCGAACGAACGAUGUCAAUUCGCUCGCCAGCGGCAGCAUCCGAUCGACAGCGUGGCGUUUCUACCCGACUUCAGACUGGCUCCCAGCGAGAGAAAUGAUCGCUUGAACUCGUCACAGACCGCCCUAUGGAGUUUCCUCCAAUGGGCCUCUUUACUCUUGUCUUUCCACUACCUAUUCUGCUCUCAAAGUGGCCAGCGCCUGCAUUACACUACACUGAUUUUCCAGAAACCUCGGAGACAUGUCAUCCCUGUCGUCGAGGCACAAAUGGUAAGCUUGCGGCUGAUUCUCGGAUCUCAACCGCUGAACGAGACGGAUAUCCGUAUAGGAGUUUUGGUCAACCGCUCGGUCGGAGCCGACUCGGUCAGCCGAAAGAGGCAACAUGCGGGGACGAUCUACGUCGACGACCCCUCCACCCAAAACGUUGUCGUAAAUCGGCCAAAAAGUCUAAUAUCGUGA